AUGUCGAGCGACGAACGAGACUAUGAGAAUGAACCACAUCCACGUUUAUGUCAUUUAAGACGUUGGAAUGAUUUUGUUGGAUAUGGUUUUAAUUUACACUGUGAAAAAUCAAAACCCGGCCAAUUUAUCGGCAAAGUUGAUCCAAAUAGUCCGGCCGAAGCAGCUGGUCUUCGUGAACAUGAUCGAAUUAUCGAAGUAAAUUUUGUUAAUAUUGGAAAUGAAAAUCAUAAACAAGUUGUAACGCGAAUAAAAGAAGGUGUAUCGCGAGAUGGAACAAAAUAUCCGGAUGAAGUUAUAUUACUCGUAUUAGAUACCGAUGCUGAUGAUUAUUAUAAAAAUAGAAAUAUUGUUGUAAGAUCAAAUGAUUCAAAUGUUAAAAAAAUGGAAACACCACAAAAAAGUCAUGAAAAUAAUACUGGCCUAUCAUCUCAUUUUAACACAAAGUCAUCGGAAUCAUCACUGUUGAAUAGCAAUCCCAUGAAAAAAACAGUCACGCCAAUACAGCAUGAUUCACCGCCAUCGCCUGAUGAUCACGAUACAAAUAAUCAUUAUAAACAACCAUCAUUAACAAGAAUACCUCAAGAACAAUAUAAACCACCAGCAUUCACAUCAUUGACUCAGAGAACAGAUGAAAACGUUAAAGUUCCAAGUCCUAAGCCAAGCUAUGAACAUAGUCGUAGUAGUCCUGUAGGUAGUAAUUAUAGACAACAAUCAGGCAAUAACACUAUUUUACCAGAAUUAGCUGCAGAAUUUCGUGAACAAUUAAAAGCGGCAAAUAAACGAGAUAAAGAUCCAAGAAAACAACAACAACAAAUGUCAAUGCGUGAUAAACAUGAGUUAAUUGAGCGUUUAUAA